GAUCACUGUAAAACCACCGCCGAUCCUCAAAACAACCCACAGUUCCCCUGGGAUCCAAGAUGGCGGCGGCCACGUCUACUGGCUCGUUUACCCGCGAAGAAAUCGAAAACCUUACCGAACUGGAGGACAUUCAGACGGCAUACGACCAACUAUGUAGCGACGAGAAAGAGGUCACAGAACAACUGGACAGUUUACUGGACCAGCAGCCCACACUGGAGGGAAAGAUGUCCACCUUACAUCGUAUGGGCCCCAACCUGCAGCUGUUACAGCAGGACUCUGAACAGCUGGCCAGCAUGAUCUCCUUCACCUGUCAGCUGGCCGAGAACGUCAGCAGUAAGGUCAGACAACUGGACCUGGCCAAGAGUCGCGUACAAGCUGCAAUUCAAAGAGCUGAUGACAUCUUGGACCUGAAGUUUUGUACAGAUGGUGUCCAAACAGCUCUGCAGUCUGGCAAUUAUGAGCAGGCAGCUGCACACAUUCAUAGGUACCUCAGUCUAGAUGAGAAAGUUCUGAAACAGAGUAUUCCUGAUGCAAAAGAAGGAAGUGGAAUAGAACACUCCCUAGAACUCCUGCACAAAGCAGAGCAGGAGCUUAAGGUCAUUAUCAACAAGGAGUUUGACGAGGCCGUGGCUAACAAGGACGCGACGGCCGUGGACAGGUUCUUCAAGAUCUUCCCUCUGAUUGGUCUGAGAGACGAAGGGCUGAAGAAAUUCACAGCCUACCUCUGUUCUCAAAUAGCAAACACUUCUGAGCAAAAUCUCCAAAUAGCAAUAGGAACAACUUCAACAGAGCGAAGAGCUAAUGUAGUCUAUGCUGAUACCCUGACCCACCUGUUUGAAGGGAUAGCCAGACUAGUGGAGACACAUCAACCUCUGGUGGAGACAUACUAUGGCCCAGGUCGGAUGUUGACCCUGAUGACAGAGUUACAGAAAGAGUGUGACAGACAGGCCAGACGAGUGGUGGACGCCUUCAUCAAGAACAGAGCUUACCAGAAAAAGGCACAGCAAGUGCAGCAGUGCAUGAUGGGAAGAACAGGUACAGAGAAACCUGAUCCAAAGGAGCUGGACACCUUGCUAGCAGAAGUUACUCUCAUCAAUUCCAGAGCAGAACUUUACCUUAGAUUUUUCAGAAGAAGGGUCACGGCUGACUUUGAAGUGCAGUAUCAAGAAGAAGAUCGCAGAAAAGACAAGUUGUCAGAGUUGGACAGACUGGUGCGGACCUGUGGCCUGAGUCUGUGUGUACAGGAGCUGACUGGAGACUACAUCCUGAUGGAGGAGUACUUCCUCAGGGAGAUGAUCAUGAAGGCUGUUAGUAUGGACAUCAUGGAAGAUGGGUCCCUGACAUCGAGCAUGGUGGAUGAUAUCUUCUUUAUCCUCAAGAAAUGUAUCAAGAGAGCCAUGUCCAGUUCGAACGUAGACCUGGUGUGUGCGAUGUUGAACCACGCCACCACCAUCCUGGAGCAGGACUUCUGUGAGGUUCUGUACGGCAGACUGAGGCAGGGCUUCCCCUCGGGUUUCCUGGACUUCACCCAGGCUGUCAACCUCAUGCAGUCCACCAUCCAGCAGAGGAAGAUCACUUCCGACAGCACAGAGGACACAAAAACAGCUUUCCUGGCAACAUUAAACAAUGCUGAAGCCUGUAGUGAGAAUAUCCUGCUCUUGAAAGCAAGCUUAGAGGAUGAAUGUUCCAGGCAUUUUCCACAAGCAGGAGAGCAAGGGAAGGCCAAGCUGGAUAGCUGUUUGAGUGACCUGGCAUCGCUGUCUCACAGGUUCAAGAACAUGCUACAGGAGGGUCUAGCAGAACUGGAUAGUUCAGCCAUUAAGCCACAGGUGAAGCCGUGGGUAGCCACCUUCCAUUCCUUCAGUCACAACAUCUCCGAGGAGGAGUUCACCAACUACGAGGCCAACGACCCCUUUAUCGAAAAUUUUGUAGUCAACCUUCAGUCCUUGCUGGACUCUUUCAAGGGUUCCUUGAGUCCCACCAUCUAUGAUCAGCUGAUCAGCCAUCUGACCAAUCAGGUGACACAUCAGUUGGAGAGGGCUGUGAUGAAGACAGUCUUUAACAGGUUGGGAGGGCUCCAGUUUGACAAAGAGCUGCGUGCCCUGGUUGGGUACCUGACCUCGGUGACCCAGUGGACGAUCAGGGACAAGUUUGCACGGCUGACUCAGAUGGCGACCAUACUCAACAUGGAGAGGGUGGGUGAGAUUCUUGACUACUGGGGGCCCAACUCAGGACCUUUGACCUGGCGGCUGACCCCUGCGGAGGUGCGACAGGUGUUAGCCCUCAGGGUGGACUUCCGCAGCGAGGACAUCAAUAGGCUAAAACUCUGAUAUUUGUACAAGAAUUAAAAUUAAAGUCUUUCUCAGAGAUUCUUGUUGUUACAGCAAUAUUACAUUUGUAUCUUACAGGAAAAUAAUUUAUGAAGUCAGUUGUAAGAGAUUUGUUAUGACUGCAAAAAUAUAAGCAUUGAUAGAGAUGUUUUAGAUAUCUGUAAAAGCACUCCAACUUCCAUAUGUAUGAUAAAAGCUUAUUUUAGUUGAAUGUUGAAUAAACCUGUAUUGGGAACAAGCUGCUUAAAUACAUCUCAUAGUCAAAUAUUACGACUAUUAUAUCUUGUAUGCCAAAUAUCAGUUUAUCAACCGGACGGUUUUUGAAAAACUUUCAUCAAUUAGAUAUUUCUUACACUUGGACAAUUUAUUUUGAGUCAAAUUGCAUAAUCUGUUAUUCUCUGACAAUCCAAAGUGUCUGUCAAUUUAUGAAAUAACUGUCACAUAGCUAUCAUCAGUCUGAGUCCCUCGGUUACCGAUGUAAUUUUGGUGUGGGGUUGUACCCUUGGGGUGCUAAUGGUUAACAUUAAGGUUGCCCUAGAAUAACUCCAUGUAUAAUGUUAUGCCAAAAGAGACAUAAAGAACUUGCAUCAUGUUUAUUAAAUUGUAAUGUGUUAUGCAUUGUAAAAGAUGAACUUGCAGAAAAGCACUAUUUCAUAUGCUGUAAGCAAGUAUUGUUCAUAACAGUCUUAUUGCAGAAGUUACUCUCUUUAACAGAUAUCUGAAUUGAUGUGUAUAUAUAAUGUACUUCAUUCAGAGAUGUAUAUAUGAAUUGUAAAGAGGAUAUAUCAAAGAACAGAGUGUAUUGUGAUAAAUGUCUCUUACUUUCCUUUCAGUAUGAUCAGCAUGAUAGGUAAACAGUGUUGUAGAUUAGUUCUUUGCACACAAAAUACCCAUUGCCUACCAAUGUUUCGCUGGUCAUACCCACUACUUACAUUGGAAGCAUGAAAAUAAGCAGUAUACAUUACUUCUGUGAAUGGCUUCAUCAGGUUGGCAGGUCACUGUAUUAAGGUCCUUUGUACACAAAAUACCAAUUUCCUUCUCCUAACCUCCUUAGGGCUAUACUGACUGGUUUUAGUUUCCACUGGUGUUAGGAAGGUAGCUGAAAGACUACUACAUGUAUAUGUAUAACAUUGGUAGGCAGCUGGUAUUUAUGUAUUAAGAACUGUAAUACUAGCGAUUGACCAACCUAAUGACCAACCAAUACUUCUGUAAAUGCUUUCAUUACGUUGAGUAAUCACUGGGAUUUACCAACCUAAUUAAAGUUUGUUUGUUUUUGUUUGAACCUUUAUCCAUGAAAGCUCAAAUCAGCCCACAGGCCGCUUUUCACUUAGGUCAUGAGAGAAGAGAUAAGGAUAUAGACAAAAUAUAUAUAACAGAGGUACAGUUUACAUUAUUUAAAGUCCUAAAAGGUCUUUACACAUAUUUAACACGUACUUGAUACAAAGUAUUCAUAGAAGUUUUGUAUGCAGCUUAUUUUCUUCUUCCAAUUGCAAUCAGUACGGUAUGAGUUUUUUUAACAGUGGGUAUGAAGUAAGGCGGAGGGGGUGGGGGAUGCAUAUUUUCAGUUAGAUGAGGGCAUACUUUGUUUAGGUUGUAACCUUUUGUACCUGUUUUCUUAUAGCCUAUACACAUUCAAGGAGUCAACUUCGAUCUCCUUCCUCGGUCUAUAUAAUGUACAUAUGUACAUCACUUUGCUUCACAUUGUACCCGUCAGAAUUGUUGUGCAAAAACCUUGACUUGACCUCUGUUUGGAGGGGUUGGGGUAAUGAAUCUAAUAAGUGUUUUGAACACCUUGCAAAUUAUGUUAACAUAUGGAUAGAAAAUUACAUGAAAGUCUAGUGCAAGUCCUAUGAAUAUGCAUACAAUUUUGACAGUGUAUGACAAGAGUGAACGAGAAUGCAGUUAUCAUAUUUUUACAAUAAAUAGGCAUUUGAUAUUUUA